AUGCUCCCUAGUCUACGUAUAGCAGAUGUCGUGCUGCUCCUCCUGAUCACUCAGACCACGCAGGCCGGCCCAUUAAGACGUGGUGAGAGUUUCCGGAGGGAGUGGAACACAACGUACACUCAAAGCAUUGCUGCUUCAUCAAAUAGUCUUUCACCCUCAUCGUACGGCCCCGCUACCACUCUUGUCUCUCAGAAGCAUCACUUACACCAACUUAGAGAAUUAAGCAGCUCUGUUGCCCCGCCGGUAACACAGCAAGACCAAGAUGGGACCACACCGACUCCAAUCUUCGUCACCCUCGACGGCUCGUCAACGAGAUCCCCGGCCGCAACGACACAGCCCGUGGACCAGAGUCCUUCUACAUCACCGGCCGAGUCUACCGUACAGACCCAGACGAUACCGACUACCACGUCGGCAGUCUUUCUGCCUCCCAUGGACAGCACGAUCUCCUUGCCGCCCCAACUUACUUCCGGCUUCAAGAACGUGUCGUCCGUAGUACCUGGAAACACAGCCUCAGCUUCAGCUAUUGUUUCCCAGAGCCUGACAGUCACUCCCCAUCUCGGAGUAUCUCCUAGUGCCUCCUCUUCCGCUUCACCGGGUACACCGCUGCAGUCAUCCCUCUCUUUUUCGUUCCCCAUUCCUGGAGGGGAGACCUCGGCAGCAGAGUCUACAACCAUAGCCAUAGCAACUCCUUCGUCUCUCGCUUCCACAACAGCCACCGCAGCAUCAACAACUGUUCCAAACCCCCAAACCUCACCAAAUACCCCUUCCUCCCUCCCCACAACACCAGCCUCCUCCUCAACCCCUUCGUCAACACUCCAACCCCAAGUCACAGGAACACCAUUUAACCAAGUCCCCACAAUCCGCACCUCCACCCCAGCCGCGACAGCAACCAUCGCCCCGGCCGUGGCAGCCAACAACCUCGCCUCCGCAAAGACAUUCAACACCCUCUUCGCCUCUCUGACGGAGCAAUCCGCCUGCACGGCCGGCCAAAUCGCCUGCGUCAAAGGCAAUGUCGGCAUUUGUGGGGCCAACGGGGCGUUCGCGAUACAGAGCUGCGGGUCCGGGACCUCGUGCUUCGCGUUGCCGAUGACGACGACGGAGGGAGUUAUUGUCGGGUGUUACGAUCCCCAGGUUGCGAGCCAGGUCCUGGGCACGCCGGUUUCUGCGUCUGCGUCUGUGCCUGGUUCGGUGGCUACGACUACGACUGCGGUACCAGCGCCGCCGCCGGCCUCUUCUGACCUCGGGUAUGAGAGCACUGUCACGAUCACGCCAACCGUCAUCGCAACGUACACCAUUUCGGUGACCGCACCGGGUGCCCCUGGAACGACGACGUCCGCAGCUCAAGCCCCAGGCUUCACGACAACCGUGUUUGUCACCCAGACCAUGGCCCCAGCUCCUGCGCCCUCAUCGACAGCAGCAGAAGGACAAGACCCAUCCACAACCUCGACUUCCAUCCGCAAAACGCGCACCUCAACAGUGGAAGAAGAGACCUCAAAGACUGCCCACUCCAGCACAGCCAAAUCUACUCCCGUCGAGUCAUCAACAGCAGAACCCACCACGACGAAGACAGCGAGCUCAACAACAACAACCAAAGCAAGCACCCCCGUAACAUUAACGGGGACGUUCACCGACACCCUCAUCGUGAACCCCAUCCCGACAGACGCGCCCUCCGCCGCCGCAGACGUGCCGAGCCCAAUCACGACGCCGAAGCCCCUUUCCAUGCCGGCCAUUGGUGCUCAGCAGGGUGUGUCCGUCUUGACGGUGUUUGUGACUGUUACUGAGAAAGAGAAGGAGACUGUCACCGUGACUGUGACUAGGACUUGA